CGGCGCGGGGCGGGCGGCGCUCCCCGCCAGCGCAAGCGGCAUGAAGGAGUCGUCGCUUCCCGGUACCUCGCUGCAGCGGGCCUGUCGCCUCCUGGUCGCCUUUUGCGCCCUCCAUCUCUCGGCCACGCUGCUUUACUACCUGGCGGGCAGCGCCUUGGGGCCACCGGGCAACCCGGAGCCCCCUCCCCGCCGCCUUCCGCCCGCCAACCUCUCGCUGCCGUUCUCCCGCCCGCCGCUGCCGAGCGCCGCCCGCCCCCGGCCCCGCUUCGUCGGUUCCUCGUCGGGCCUUUGCCCCGAGCCUUCCCCGCUGCUAGUCGGAGCGCUACGUGUGGAGUUUUCCCAGCCCGUGAACCUAGAAGAAGUGGCAAGAUUAAACCCAGAGGUCAGAGCAGGAGGUCGUUUUGCCCCAAAGGACUGUGUGGCACUUCAGAAAGUAGCAAUCAUCAUACCCUUCAGGAACAGAGAGGAGCACCUGAAGUACUGGCUCUACUACCUGCACCCCAUCCUCCAAAGGCAGCAGCUGGACUAUGGAGUCUAUGUUAUCAACCAGGAUGGAGAAGAGGAAUUUAACCGAGCUAAGCUGCUGAAUAUAGGAUUCACAGAAGCCUUGAAAGAGUAUGACUACGACUGCUUUGUGUUUAGUGACGUAGACCUCAUCCCCAUGGAUGACAGGAACACCUACAAAUGUUACAGCCAGCCAAGGCACCUCUCUGUAUCCAUGGAUAAGUUUGGAUUUCGGCUGCCUUACAAUCAGUAUUUUGGAGGUGUGUCUGCCUUGAGUAAAGAGCAGUUCACAAAGAUCAACGGGUUCCCAAACAACUACUGGGGCUGGGGUGGUGAAGAUGACGACAUUUACAACAGGCUGGUGUUCAAAGGCAUGGGGAUCUCCCGCCCGGACGCUGUGGUCGGGAAGUGCAGGAUGAUUCGGCACUCCCGGGAUCGCAAGAACGAGCCCAACCCCGAGAGGUUCGACAGAAUCGCUCACACGAGGGAGACAAUGAACUCGGAUGGCUUAAACACCCUCUCCUACAAGGUGUUAAGGACUGACAAGUACCCUCUGUACACAAAGAUCACGGUGGAUAUUGGCUCACCAAAGAGCUAACAUCAUACAGACAGCAGCAGAGACCUUGACUAUGUUGCCCCUAGGACA